AUGGAGUUAAGCGCAACCACUCUCUUCUUCCUUUCUCUCAUCUCACUGAUGAUUCUUGUGUCCUUACUUGGCCGUAAACCAACACCACCGAGUUCCAAGAAGAGGCGGCCUCCCGGUCCACGGUGUUUCCCCUUCAUCGGAAGCCUCCUACAUCUCCUCACGUCGAAGCCGCAGGUCGCUCUCCGGGACCUAGCCAAGAAGCACGGCCCGGUGAUGUACCUCCGGCUGGGACAGGUUGACGCCGUCGUGGUCUCAUCGCCGGCGGCGGCGCAGGAGGUGCUCAGGGACAAGGACAUAACCUUCGCGUCGCGGCCAAGCGUCCUGGUCGGGGAGAUCUUCGGCUGCGGGAACCUCGAUAUCGCCUUCGCGCCAUACGGGGCGUACUGGAGGACGCUGCGCAAGCUCUGCACGGUCGAGCUCCUCAGCGAGCGGAAGGUGCGGCAAUUCGCGUCCGUUAGGGACAACGAGACCAUGUCCCUCGUCAAGCAGGUCCGCGCCUCUGGCCGAGGAGGCGAGCUUGUCAAUCUUGGCAGGAUGCUCGUGUCGUGCACGAGCGCGAUCACCGCGGAGACAACGUUCGGCGAGGAUUGUGGCGCCGAGCUCAGAGAGCAGUUCUUGUCUGCUAUCGACCUGGUGCUGAAGAUCAGCGGGGGACUCUGCGUUGGGGACCUGUUCCCGUGCCUGUGGUUCGUGGAUGUCAUCACUGGGCUGAAACACCGGCUCUGGCGGACUCGCCUGCAGCUCGACGCCGUCUUCGACAAGAUCAUCGCAGAGAGCGAGGCGCGGCGAGAGGAAAAGAAGAAGACGACUAUGGGAAAGAUCGGAGAUGAUGAUCUUCUGAGUGUCUUGCUUAGGAUCAAAGACGAGGGGGAGCUCGAUUUCCCCAUCGGCACGACCAACAUCAAGGCAAUCGUAACAGACUUGUUCACAGCUGGGACGGAGACGACAUCGUCAGCUGCCGAGUGGACCAUGUCGGAGCUCAUGAGAAGCCCUGAAGCUAUGGCCAAAGCGCAGGCAGAGGUGCGACGAGUAUUUCACAACAAGAACCCACAAGACCACGAGAGCAACCUGGGCGAGCUAAGCUACACAAGAAUGGUGAUUAAAGAGGCUCUAAGGCUGCAUCCAGUGGUGCCGCUCCUGCUCCCCCGUCUGUGUCGGGAGACGUGCGAUGUCGGCGGGUUCGAGGUCACGGAGGGUUCGAGGGUCAUCGUCAACGCGUGGGCAGUGGCUAGGUACCCAGAGUACUGGCACGACGCGGAGGAGUUCAGACCAGAGAGGUUCUCGGAUGGCAGCACGGUGGACUACAAAGGCACGCAGUUUGAGUACCUGCCGUUUGGGAGCGGGAGAAGGAUGUGCCCCGGCGUAAGUUACGGGCUGGCUGUGCUGGAGCUUGUCGUGGCACGGCUUCUCUAUUACUUCGACUGGAGCCUCCCGGUCGGUACGCAGCCGGAUGAGCUUGACAUGGACAUGGUCGUCGGCGCCACAGCGAGAAGGAAGAACCAGCUGCACCUGGUAGCAUUGCCGUACAACUACAAGGUCCCGACAAUGGAAACUCGAAGCUAA